CGUUCUUUUUGUUCUUUUUAAGUUUUAUUUCCCCGAAGCCUUACAAGAUCCCUACCUUUUACUUGCAUGACUACGCUAGUUACAUUUAUCCUGGCAAAUGUGGUGGUCCGUGCUCUGUCCCACAUGCGCGGGACAACCUUAAAAGACUGUGGCGCAUUCUUGUGGUGUGGUUCAGCUCAUUCAGCUUGCUGCGACCACUGCGACCAACUGCACCAAUCCUAUUGUGCGACAGUUUAAACCUUCGGCUUCAGGCUGCUAAUAUUUAUUUCGCGUCAGGUGAAUCAUACGUCGAGGCGCACGAUAAAGCCAUACGAAAGAUAUUCGAUGCCCACGCUAUCGAAUACCGCGUUUUAAAAACCCGAUCGGUCGAAGAACCGGGUAUUUGUCGACAAUACAGCAUAGCCCAGAAAGACCGAUUCAACGAUAGGAUACGCCUCGAGUUCCUACAAGCGUUCAACGCUACCCGGAAGUAUAACAAACAACUUCCGGGUUACUUCUUCAAGAUGAGUGUCGUGUAUAAAAGUCGCGACAUAAUAUCCUCCGACCCCUACCCUUCUGGUCUCGAUGGAAGCGAUCAUGACGGAGACACUCGAUCCGUACGAUACUCGCCCGUGCCGCCGGUGCAUUAUAUGGCAUACGAUGGAGCGGAAACCUCGACCCUCAUACCUUCCCCUUCACCCAACUCUACCGACUUAAACUCGCCCAACAUUCUCGAACCCCUCACCCCUCCGGAAAGUCUAUCCGCUCCAGCGAAACUCGAUACCCGACCUCCGCGCCUAGGAUCAAUACCGAAACCUGAGCGCACCGAGACUAAGAACCGGGACGGAUUAUACUGCUGCACAUACCCAGGCUGCACGGAGCCAGUGAGGACCUUUCCCCGAAAGUGCGAAUGGGGAAAGCAUAUGGACAAGCACGACCGACCAUACAAAUGCCUAUCUGUGGAAUGCGAGAAGCUAGCCGGGUUUACGUACUCCGGCGGGCUCUUGCGACACGAGCGCGAAGUCCACGGCAAGCACGGAGGCCCUCGGAACCCUCUCAACUGCCCCCACGGCAAUUGCAAGCGCCACGAGGGCAAGGGCUUCUCGCGCAUGGAGAACCUCAACGAGCAUUUACGCAGAGUGCAUACCCCCAAUGACACUAACCAAUCCGCGCCUUCCGCACUAUCACCUGAAGACGAGACAGAGGAAAUUCCGCCAGCGGUGGCUGCGGUAUCGGCGCUCCAACCCAUCGCCGUCGCGUCCCCCGAAAAAACAGGCGAUAAACGAAAACCGGAGACGGACCUACGCGAGGAAGUUAAGCGGCUACAGGUCGAAAACGUGAGUCUCCGCGACGAGCUCAACGCGCAGCACCGGCAGAGCAUGGCGAUGAUGCAGCAGAUUGCAGAAAUGAACUCGCGGCUCCUCGCGCUCAGCAACGCCACCGCCGCCGCUGCUGCUGUCGUCCAUAACCCGCCUCCGGAGGCGUAGGGCGCCCCGGUCGGCUACUAUCCUUAUAUGGUUAAUAUGGACGGCUGGCAGCAGUGAGCUAGCUUUCUAUCUAUCACAUGACCCUCUCCCCCUUUUUUCAUUAGUCUUUUUCCCUUUUGUGACCUAUCAGAUACCCCACUUUUAUUCGUCUUUUCUGCAUCGGUUUGGGAGUUGGCGGGUUGGGUUCAUGGGUCACGGACUGCCUGGAUGGUGGACGUUGGGUUCGGUCGGUAGAGAGAUUGCCGCUGGUGUUUGGGGUUGUGUGCUGCAUUUUCAGGUAGUUUUUUCAUACUGAAAUGAAUUACGUGACUAUUUCAAUAUUCAGGGGGGCUUGGGGUGAUGUGUGAAUGUGAUAAUGAGAGGGAGGGUAGGUAUAAAUCUUCAGGCUAGACUUCAAGAUGAUAUCCAUUCCGAGAUAGUCACUAGGUCUAUGUUUACAGGUAGG